AUGCCUCGCCGCCACCGCGACGACAGCGUAGAAGACGAUACAAGCGUUUCGUCGAGCUCUAGCGACAGCGAAGUCCGCGACAAUGCAGCCCCGACGAACUCACGCAGCAAGAAGAAGAGAGUGAGAAGGCGUUCUUCCGUCCGCGAACGCGGCAAGAAAUUCAAACGAAGAAAGCACUCUCCUCGUCGCCUCUCCUCGUGUCAUCACAGCUCUAGUAGCCGGCGAAGGACAGAUUUUCCGGAAGCACUGGAUUCCUCAGCUGAAUCUCAGCACGGUGGUGUGUGUGUGUGUGGUCAAAUUCCUUCCGAGUCUGAAGAAGAAGAACGCAACGGGGGUGAUGUCGCUCCUCUGGACACCUUAGUGAAUGUUCCUGAGUUGGAUGUGACACCCUUUGACAGUUGGGAUGCGUUGGAGUCAUAUCUGAAGGCGUACAGCAAGAGAACCUUCCAGGUUUACUCCAUUCGGACUAACACUCCCGUCCGGACGAGAAACGCCAGAAUGCAAAGAACAAUGUCUACUGCCAAGCCGAUUCCGGAGGAGUUAAAGUUUUACAACAAAAAUUAUGUUUGCACGCAUUAUGGCGAACCACGGCACAAUCGAGGGCAAGGAAUGCGUCCGAACCCCAGGAGAAUUGGCUGCAAAGCCCAGAUCAACGCCUGUGUACACUUUGGUGCUGACUGGGAAAUCGUUUUCAUGAAGCAGAACACUGGGCACAACCCCGAGGUUGGAAGGGAACUGUAUCAGAACUACCACGAAGCUCGGCAAGUUAGUGACACAGCCUUUCUUGAUUCAGUGCGGACGCUACAUCGAGCUGGGGCCAACCGGAAACGGAUACUGGAAUACGUUAUGGAGAAUACAGACGCGGAACCUACCAUGAAGGAUAUCCACAACUGGUCGAGCGUCUGA